AUGGCUGUCAGCCGACUACUAAUUAUGAUUUUACUUCUCAAUUUCUCUCUUGACAUUGCUCAAGGAAGUGUUGGUGGCUUAAAAACCUACAUCAUUCAUGUAAAGAAACCACAAGCUUUGCUAUCCACUCUAAGUGAUCAUAAAGCAUAUUAUCGAUCAUUUCUUCCUAUUCACACAUUGUCAGAGAAAGACGAACCAUUACUUUACUCGUACCAAAAUGUGGUCAGCGGUUUUGCUGCAAGACUCACUGAUUCUGAUAUUGAAGCCAUGAAAAUGAAAGAUGGUUUUGUAUCAGCUCGUCAAGAACGAAUCUUGAAGCUUCAAACAACUCAUACACCGAGAUUCGUGAGGUUGCGUCAAGAAUCUGGCUUUUGGAAGCAAUCAAAUUUUGGGAAGGGCAUGAUCAUUGGAGUGUUAGAUACUGGAAUUAUGCCAGGCCAUGAUUCAUUUCGCGACUAUGGAAUGCCGCCCCCACCUUCUAAAUGGAAAGGGUCAUGUGAGUUCAAUACGUCGAGCUGCAACAACAAACUUAUAGGGGCCAGAUCAUUUAACAGUGUUGCAACAGCCUCAAAUGUUAGUAAGGGAGUUGAGACACCCCUAGAUGAAGAUGGAUAUGGGACCCACACUGCAAGCAUAGCUGCUGGUGGGUUUGUUCAGAAUGCAGAAGCGCUCGGUGGUGCAGUAGGGAUGGCUGCCGGGAUGGCAGCAUAUGCGCAUUUGGCAGUGUACAAAGUAUGUUCUGGUGAUUGCCUCGAGAGUGACAUGCUAGCCGGGCUUGAUGCUGCAAUAGCUGAUGGAGUUGACGUGAUAUCAAUUUCCCUUGGAGAAGAGAAAAAAAGGCCAUUUUAUAAGGAUUACAUUGCAAUAGGCUCAUUUGCUGCAAUUCAAAAGGGGAUCUUUGUAAGCUGUGCAACAGGGAACUCAGGUCCAAUCAAGGGGACUGCAUCAAAUGUGGCGCCAUGGGUUCUAACCGUUGGAGCAAGCAAUACAGAUAGAAUGAUCAAAGUCACAACAAAACUAGGAAAUCAGAUGGAUUUUCAUGGAGAGUCUUUAUUUCAGCCAAAAGACUUCCCUUCUACAUUGGCACCACUUGUUUAUGCCGGGUCUAACAACAAACCGGAUUCCAAAUUAUGUGUCAAAGGAUCACUUGAAGGUAUGGAUGUCAAAGGCAAAAUAGUCUUCUGUGAGAUAGGUGUGUCAGCACAAAUAGAGAAAGGGGAAGUGGUAAAAGAAGCAGGUGGUGCAGGCAUGAUAUUAAUGAACCAAGAAGCACAGGGCUUUAGCUUAGAUGCCGAUCCACACGUUCUCCCUGCAGCACAUGUAAGUUAUGCAGCUGGACUCAAGAUUAAAGACUACAUUAACUCCACACGUACACCAUUAGCAACAUUAUUGUUCAAAGGAAUGGUCACUGGAAACCCUUUAGCUCCAGCUGUUGCUUCAUUCUCUGCCAGAGGUCCCAAUACCGCGAGUCCAGGAAUUCUGAAACCCGACAUUGUUGACCCUCGAGUUACCAUUCUUGCAGCAUGGGCACUCCCACUGGAUGGAAGCACCAAAACCAAAUCCCCUUUUGAUUUCAAGUCCGGGACUUCAAUGUCGUGCCCACAUUUUAGUGGUGUUGCAGUGUUGCUCAAAGCUACUCACCCUUAUUGGUCACCAGCAGCUAUAAAGACAGCAAUAAUGACCUCUGCAGACCUAGUAAAUCUCAGAGUUACACCAAUAAUAAAUGAAACUCUUCAACCAACAGACAUAUUUGCUACAGGCGCGGGUCAUGUUAACCCUUCAAAAGCUAAUGAUCCAGGACUCAUCUAUAAUAUCCAGCCUCAAGAUUACAUACCUUAUUUGUGUUGUCUUGGGUAUAGUGAUGAGGAAGUUGGGAUCAUUGCACAUCGAGCCGUUAACUGUUCACCAAAAUCUAGUAUUACAGAAGCCCAACUGAAUUACCCUUCAUUUUCUGUUAAACUCGGAUGGCCAUCCCAAAAACUUACAAGGACAGUAACUAACGUAGGAGCUGCAUAUACAUCACAUGUUGUUAAAGUUGUUGCACCAAAAGGAGUAUCUGUUUCUGUCAACCCCAGCAAGAUUAAUUUCACAAAGAUGAAUGAGAAGGCAACUUAUUCAGUGACUUUCACCUGCACGAAUGAUCAAGUAGGUAAAUAUUCUCAAGGUUAUAUAACAUGGAUCUCUACAAAAUACAUGGUUCAAAGUGUCAUCUCUGUGAAUUUCAUGUAAAACCAACCAUCAAACUGGUUUCAUUUUUCUUGUUCCAUUACAUUGCUCAGAUAUUAAUACAAAUCUUAUUGUUGUAUGUUCGGGUCAAAACUAGUUGAGACAACUUGAUAAUUUACACACCAUUCCAAUUUUUAGUUGAUUUUUUUGGAAUUUUGGAUUUUUAAUGUAAUGAUAAGUUGACGGGUAUAGAUACUAACUAUAAUUAGGUUGUAGGUAUAAUUUUCUGAUAAACUAAAAGGUUAUGUGAUGCACUUUAAUGUAUAGAAUGUGGCUUAGAUGUGGCAGUCCAGAAUGUAAGAACUUGGGGGCCUAAUCGGCUAAGGCCUUAGCUUGUAAAUUGAUGGGUACAGAUAUUAAUCUUUCAAGUCAAAAAGUCAAAUCACCAUCCAAGAUUAUGCAUACCCACUCUAAAUAUUAGUCGCACCAGAAAUAUCAAAAGCACAAUGAGAGCUAAUGAAGUAUAAAGAGGUUAGUAGUUCCUUGAUGGCUGUUUUCUUAGCACUAAUACUAAUAUCAUUUGCUGCAAGAACUCCUGUUCAGACGACCAAC